AUGCUAUCAUACAAGGGAGUUGCAGCAAGUUGUUGCAAAAAAAAUAGAGGUGGAGACGAAAACGUAGAGAGUCCAGAGCCGUGUGUCAGAAAGUGGCGUUGUCAGUUGUGCCCUCGAGAAAACGACAAAGGAAUUUUCUUCUAUGGAGUGUCACCGGGAGUGUCACCGGGAGUGUCACCGGGAGUGUCACCGGGAGUGUCACCGGGAGUGUCACCGGGAGUGUCACCGGGAGUGUCACCGGGAGUGUCACCGGGAGUGUCACCGGGAGUGUCACCGGGAGUGUCACCGGGAGUGUCACCGGGAGUGUCACCGGGAGUGUCACCGGGAGUGUCACCGGGAGUGUCACCGGGAGUGUCACCGGGAGUGUCACCGGGAGUGUCACCGGGAGUGUCACCGGGAGUGUCACCGGGAGUGUCACCGGGAGUGUCACCGGGAGUGUCACCGGGAGUGUCACCGGGAGUGUCACCGGGAGUGUCACCGGGAGUGUCACCGGGAGUGUCACCGGGAGUGUCACCGGGAGUGUCACCGGGAGUGUCACCGGGAGUGUCACCGGGAGUGUCACCGGGAGUGUCACCGGGAGUGUCACCGGGAGUGUCACCGGGAGUGUCACCGGGAGUGUCACCGGGAGUGUCACCGGGAGUGUCACCGGGAGUGUCACCGGGAGUGUCACCGGGAGUGUCACCGGGAGUGUCACCGGGAGUGUCACCGGGAGUGUCACCGGGAGUGUCACCGGGAGUGUCACCGGGAGUGUCACCGGGAGUGUCACCGGGAGUGUCACCGGGAGUGUCACCGGGAGUGUCACCGGGAGUGUCACCGGGAGUGUCACCGGGAGUGUCACCGGGAGUGUCACCGGGAGUGUCACCGGGAGUGUCACCGGGAGUGUCACCGGGAGUGUCACCGGGAGUGUCACCGGGAGUGUCACCGGGAGUGUCACCGGGAGUGUCACCGGGAGUGUCACCGGGAGUGUCACCGGGAGUGUCACCGGGAGUGUCACCGGGAGUGUCACCGGGAGUGUCACCGGGAGUGUCACCGGGAGUGUCACCGGGAGUGUCACCGGGAGUGUCACCGGGAGUGUCACCGGGAGUGUCACCGGGAGUGUCACCGGGAGUGUCACCGGGAGUGUCACCGGGAGUGUCACCGGGAGUGUCACCGGGAGUGUCACCGGGAGUGUCACCGGGAGUGUCACCGGGAGUGUCACCGGGAGUGUCACCGGGAGUGUCACCGGGAGUGUCACCGGGAGUGUCACCGGGAGUGUCACCGGGAGUGUCACCGGGAGUGUCACCGGGAGUGUCACCGGGAGUGUCACCGGGAGUGUCACCGGGAGUGUCACCGGGAGUGUCACCGGGAGUGUCACCGGGAGUGUCACCGGGAGUGUCACCGGGAGUGUCACCGGGAGUGUCACCGGGAGUGUCACCGGGAGUGUCACCGGGAGUGUCACCGGGAGUGUCACCGGGAGUGUCACCGGGAGUGUCACCGGGAGUGUCACCGGGAGUGUCACCGGGAGUGUCACCGGGAGUGUCACCGGGAGUGUCACCGGGAGUGUCACCGGGAGUGUCACCGGGAGUGUCACCGGGAGUGUCACCGGGAGUGUCACCGGGAGUGUCACCGGGAGUGUCACCGGGAGUGUCACCGGGAGUGUCACCGGGAGUGUCACCGGGAGUGUCACCGGGAGUGUCACCGGGAGUGUCACCGGGAGUGUCACCGGGAGUGUCACCGGGAGUGUCACCGGGAGUGUCACCGGGAGUGUCACCGGGAGUGUCACCGGGAGUGUCACCGGGAGUGUCACCGGGAGUGUCACCGGGAGUGUCACCGGGAGUGUCACCGGGAGUGUCACCGGGAGUGUCACCGGGAGUGUCACCGGGAGUGUCACCGGGAGUGUCACCGGGAGUGUCACCGGGAGUGUCACCGGGAGUGUCACCGGGAGUGUCACCGGGAGUGUCACCGGGAGUGUCACCGGGAGUGUCACCGGGAGUGUCACCGGGAGUGUCACCGGGAGUGUCACCGGGAGUGUCACCGGGAGUGUCACCGGGAGUGUCACCGGGAGUGUCACCGGGAGUGUCACCGGGAGUGUCACCGGGAGUGUCACCGGGAGUGUCACCGGGAGUGUCACCGGGAGUGUCACCGGGAGUGUCACCGGGAGUGUCACCGGAGUUGUCACCGGGAGUGUCACCGGGAGUGUCACCGGGAGUGUCACCGGGAGUGUCACCGGGAGUGUCACCGGGAGUGUCACCGGGAGUGUCACCGGGAGUGUCACCGGGAGUGUCACCGGGAGUGUCACCGGGAGUGUCACCGGGAGUGUCACCGGGAGUGUCACCGGGAGUGUCACCGGGAGUGUCACCGGGAGUGUCACCGGGAGUGUCACCGGGAGUGUCACCGGGAGUGUCACCGGGAGUGUCACCGGGAGUGUCACCGGGAGUGUCACCGGGAGUGUCACCGGGAGUGUCACCGGGAGUGUCACCGGGAGUGUCACCGGGAGUGUCACCGGGAGUGUCACCGGGAGUGUCACCGGGAGUGUCACCGGGAGUGUCACCGGGAGUGUCACCGGGAGUGUCACCGGGAGUGUCACCGGGAGUGUCACCGGGAGUGUCACCGGGAGUGUCACCGGGAGUGUCACCGGGAGUGUCACCGGGAGUGUCACCGGGAGUGUCACCGGGAGUGUCACCGGGAGUGUCACCGGGAGUGUCACCGGGAGUGUCACCGGGAGUGUCACCGGGAGUGUCACCGGGAGUGUCACCGGGAGUGUCACCGGGAGUGUCACCGGGAGUGUCACCGGGAGUGUCACCGGGAGUGUCACCGGGAGUGUCACCGGGAGUGUCACCGGGAGUGUCACCGGGAGUGUCACCGGGAGUGUCACCGGGAGUGUCACCGGGAGUGUCACCGGGAGUGUCACCGGGAGUGUCACCGGGAGUGUCACCGGGAGUGUCACCGGGAGUGUCACCGGGAGUGUCACCGGGAGUGUCACCGGGAGUGUCACCGGGGGAGUUGUCACCGGGAGUGUCACCGGGAGUGUCACCGGGAGUGUCACCGGGAGUGUCACCGGGAGUGUCACCGGGAGUGUCACCGGGAGUGUCACCGGGAGUGUCACCGGGAGUGUCACCGGGAGUGUCACCGGGAGUGUCACCGGGAGUGUCACCGGGAGUGUCACCGGGAGUGUCACCGGGAGUGUCACCGGGAGUGUCACCGGGAGUGUCACCGGGAGUGUCACCGGGAGUGUCACCGGGAGUGUCACCGGGAGUGUCACCGGGAGUGUCACCGGGAGUGUCACCGGGAGUGUCACCGGGAGUGUCACCGGGAGUGUCACCGGGAGUGUCACCGGGAGUGUCACCGGGAGUGUCACCGGGAGUGUCACCGGGAGUGUCACCGGGAGUGUCACCGGGAGUGUCACCGGGAGUGUCACCGGGAGUGUCACCGGGAGUGUCACCGGGAGUGUCACCGGGAGUGUCACCGGGAGUGUCACCGGGAGUGUCACCGGGAGUGUCACCGGGAGUGUCACCGGGAGUGUCACCGGGAGUGUCACCGGGAGUGUCACCGGGAGUGUCACCGGGAGUGUCACCGGGAGUGUCACCGGGAGUGUCACCGGGAGUGUCACCGGGAGUGUCACCGGGAGUGUCACCGGGAGUGUCACCGGGAGUGUCACCGGGAGUGUCACCGGGAGUGUCACCGGGAGUGUCACCGGGAGUGUCACCGGGAGUGUCACCGGGAGUGUCACCGGGAGUGUCACCGGGAGUGUCACCGGGAGUGUCACCGGGAGUGUCACCGGGAGUGUCACCGGGAGUGUCACCGGGAGUGUCACCGGGAGUGUCACCGGGAGUGUCACCGGGAGUGUCACCGGGAGUGUCACCGGGAGUGUCACCGGGAGUGUCACCGGGAGUGUCACCGGGAGUGUCACCGGGAGUGUCACCGGGAGUGUCACCGGGAGUGUCACCGGGAGUGUCACCGGGAGUGUCACCGGGAGUGUCACCGGGAGUGUCACCGGGAGUGUCACCGGGAGUGUCACCGGGAGUGUCACCGGGAGUGUCACCGGGAGUGUCACCGGGAGUGUCACCGGGAGUGUCACCGGGAGUGUCACCGGGAGUGUCACCGGGAGUGUCACCGGGAGUGUCACCGGGAGUGUCACCGGGAGUGUCACCGGGAGUGUCACCGGGAGUGUCACCGGGAGUGUCACCGGGAGUGUCACCGGGAGUGUCACCGGGAGUGUCACCGGGAGUGUCACCGGGAGUGUCACCGGGAGUGUCACCGGGAGUGUCACCGGGAGUGUCACCGGGAGUGUCACCGGGAGUGUCACCGGGAGUGUCACCGGGAGUGUCACCGGGAGUGUCACCGGGAGUGUCACCGGGAGUGUCACCGGGAGUGUCACCGGGAGUGUCACCGGGAGUGUCACCGGGAGUGUCACCGGGAGUGUCACCGGGAGUGUCACCGGGAGUGUCACCGGGAGUGUCACCGGGAGUGUCACCGGGAGUGUCACCGGGAGUGUCACCGGGAGUGUCACCGGGAGUGUCACCGGGAGUGUCACCGGGAGUGUCACCGGGAGUGUCACCGGGAGUGUCACCGGGAGUGUCACCGGGAGUGUCACCGGGAGUGUCACCGGGAGUGUCACCGGGAGUGUCACCGGGAGUGUCACCGGGAGUGUCACCGGGAGUGUCACCGGGAGUGUCACCGGGAGUGUCACCGGGAGUGUCACCGGGAGUGUCACCGGGAGUGUCACCGGGAGUGUCACCGGGAGUGUCACCGGGAGUGUCACCGGGAGUGUCACCGGGAGUGUCACCGGGAGUGUCACCGGGAGUGUCACCGGGAGUGUCACCGGGAGUGUCACCGGGAGUGUCACCGGGAGUGUCACCGGGAGUGUCACCGGGAGUGUCACCGGGAGUGUCACCGGGAGUGUCACCGGGAGUGUCACCGGGAGUGUCACCGGGAGUGUCACCGGGAGUGUCACCGGGAGUGUCACCGGGAGUGUCACCGGGAGUGUCACCGGGAGUGUCACCGGGAGUGUCACCGGGAGUGUCACCGGGAGUGUCACCGGAGUUGUCACCGGGAGUGUCACCGGGAGUGUCACCGGGAGUGUCACCGGGAGUGUCACCGGGAGUGUCACCGGGAGUGUCACCGGGAGUGUCACCGGGAGUGUCACCGGGAGUGUCACCGGGAGUGUCACCGGGAGUGUCACCGGGAGUGUCACCGGGAGUGUCACCGGGAGUGUCACCGGGAGUGUCACCGGGAGUGUCACCGGGAGUGUCACCGGGAGUGUCACCGGGAGUGUCACCGGGAGUGUCACCGGGAGUGUCACCGGGAGUGUCACCGGGAGUGUCACCGGGAGUGUCACCGGGAGUGUCACCGGGAGUGUCACCGGGAGUGUCACCGGGAGUGUCACCGGGAGUGUCACCGGGAGUGUCACCGGGAGUGUCACCGGGAGUGUCACCGGGAGUGUCACCGGGAGUGUCACCGGGAGUGUCACCGGGAGUGUCACCGGGAGUGUCACCGGGAGUGUCACCGGGAGUGUCACCGGGAGUGUCACCGGGAGUGUCACCGGGAGUGUCACCGGGAGUGUCACCGGGAGUGUCACCGGGAGUGUCACCGGGAGUGUCACCGGGAGUGUCACCGGGAGUGUCACCGGGAGUGUCACCGGGAGUGUCACCGGGAGUGUCACCGGGAGUGUCACCGGGAGUGUCACCGGGAGUGUCACCGGGAGUGUCACCGGGAGUGUCACCGGGAGUGUCACCGGGAGUGUCACCGGGAGUGUCACCGGGAGUGUCACCGGGAGUGUCACCGGGAGUGUCACCGGGAGUGUCACCGGGAGUGUCACCGGGAGUGUCACCGGGAGUGUCACCGGGAGUGUCACCGGGAGUGUCACCGGGAGUGUCACCGGGAGUGUCACCGGGAGUGUCACCGGGAGUGUCACCGGGAGUGUCACCGGGAGUGUCACCGGGAGUGUCACCGGGAGUGUCACCGGGAGUGUCACCGGGAGUGUCACCGGGAGUGUCACCGGGAGUGUCACCGGGAGUGUCACCGGGGUCCGGGUCACCGGGAGUGUCACCGGGAGUGUCACCGGGAGUGUCACCGGGAGUGUCACCGGGAGUGUCACCGGGAGUGUCACCGGGAGUGUCACCGGGAGUGUCACCGGGAGUGUCACCGGGAGUGUCACCGGGAGUGUCACCGGGAGUGACACCGGGAGUGUCACCGGGAGUGUCACCGGAGAGUCCACCGGGAGUGUCACCGGGAGUGUCACCGGGAGUGUCACCGGGGAGUGUCACCGGGAGUGUCACCGGGAGUGUCACCGGGCAGUGUCACCGGGAGUGUCACCGGGAGUGUCACCCCGGAGUGUCACCGGGAGUGUCACCGGGAGCGUCACGGGAGUGUCACCGGGAGUGUCACCGGGAGUGUCACCGGGAGUGUCACCGGGAGUGUACACCGGGUGUGUCACCGGGAGUGUCAACGGGAGUGUCACGGGAGUGUCACCGGGAGUGUCAACGGUGUCACCGGGAGUGUCACCGGGAGUGUCACCGGGAGUGUCACCGGGAGUGUCACCGGGAGUGUCACCGGGAGUGUCACCGGGGAGUGUCACCGGGAGUGUCACCGGGAGUGUCACCGGGAGUGUCACCGGGAGUGUCACCGGGAGUGUCACCGGGAGUGUCACCGGGAGUGUCACCGGGAGUGUCACCGGGAGUGUCACCGGGAGUGUCACCGGGAGUGUCACCGGGAGUGUCACCGGGAGUGUCACCGGAGUGCACCGGGAGUGUCACCGGGAGUGGCACGAGUGUCACCGGAGUGGUCACCGGGAGUGUCACCCCCGGAGUGUCACCGGGAGUGUCACCGGGAGUGUCACCGGGAGUGUCCACCGGGAGUGUCACCGGAGUGUCACCGGGAGUGUCACCGGAGUGUCACCGGGAGUGUCACCGGGAGUGUCACCGGGAGUGGUCACCGGGAGUGUCACCGGGAGUGUCACCGGGCGAGUGUCACCGGGAGUGUCACCGGGAGUGUCACCGGGAGUGUCACCGGGAGUGUCACCGGGAGUGUCACCGGGAGUGUCACCGGGAGUGUCCACCGGGAGUGUCACCGGGAGUGUCACCGGGAGUGUCACCGGGGAGUGUCACCGGGAGUGUCACCGGGAGUGUCACCGGGAGUGUCACCGGGAGUGUCACCGGGAGUGUCACCGGGGAGUGUCACCGGGAGUGUCACCGGGAGUGUCACCGGGGAGUGUCACCGGGAGUGUCACCGGGAGUGUCACCGGUGUCCGAGUGUCACGGGAGUGUCACCGGGAGUGUCACCGGGAGUGUCACCGGGAGUGUCACCGGGAGUGUCACCGGGAGUGUCACCGGGAGUGUCACCGGGAGUGUCACCGGGAGUGUCACCGGGAGUGUCACCGGAGUGUCACCGGGAGUGUCACCCGGGAGUGUCACCGGGAGUGUCACCGGAGGAGUGUCACCGGGAGUGUCACCGGGAGUCCGGAGUGUCACCGGGAGUGUCACCGGGAGUGUCACCGGGAGUGUCACCGGGAGUGUCACCGGGAGUGUCACCGGGAGUGUCACCGGGAGUGUCACCGGGAGUGUCACCGGGAGUGUCACCGGGAGUGUCACCGGGAGUGUCACCGGGAGUGUCACCGGGAGUGUCACCGGGAGUGGUCACCGGGGAGUGUCACCGGGAGUGUCACCGGGAGUGUCACCGGGAGUGUCACCGGGAGUGUCACCGGGAGUGUCACCGGGAGUGUCACCGGGAGUGUCACCGGGAGUGUCACCGGGGAGUGUCACCGGGAGUGUCACCGGGAGUGUCACCGGGAGUGUCACCGGGAGUGUCACCGGGAGUGUCACCGGGAGUGUCACCGGGAGUGUCACCGGGAGUGUCACCGGGAGUGUCACCGGGAGUGUCACCGGGAGUGUCACCGGAGUGUCACCCGGGAGUGUCACCGGGAGUGUCACCGGGAGUGUCACCGGGAGUGUCACCGGGAGUGUCACCGGGAGUGUCACCGGGGAGUGUCACCGGGAGUGUCACCGGGAGUGUCACCGGGAGUGUCACCGGGAGUGUCACCGGGAGUGUCACCGGGAGUGUCACCGGGGAGUGUCACCGGGAGUGUCACCGGGAGUGUCACCGGGAGUGUCACCGGGAGUGUCACCGGGAGUGUCACCGGGAGUGUCACCGGGAGUGUCACCGGGGAGUGUCACCGGGAGUGUCACCGGGAGUGUCACCGGGAGUGUCACCGGGAGUGUCACCGGGGAGUGUCACCGGGAGUGUCACCGGGAGUGUCACCGGGAGUGUCACCGGGAGUGUCACCGGGAGUGUCACCGGGAGUGUCACCGGGAGUGUCACCGGAGUGUCACCGGGAGUGUCACCGGGAGUGUCACCGGGAGUGUCACCGGGAGUGGUCACCGGGGAGUGUCACCGGGAGUGUCACCGGGAGUGUCACCGGGAGUGUCACCGGGAGUGUCACCGGGAGUGUCACCGGGAGUGUCACCGGGAGUGUCACCGGGAGUGUCACCGGGAGUGUCACCGGGAGUGUCACCGGGAGUGUCACCGGGAGUGUCACCGGGAGUGUCACCGGGAGUGUCACCCGGGAGUGUCACCGGGAGUGUCACCGGGAGUGUCACCGGGAGUGUCACCGGGAGUGUCACCGGGAGUGUCACCGGGAGUGUCACCGGGAGUGUCACCGGGAGUGUCACCGGGAGUGUCACCGGGAGUGUCACCGGGAGUGUCACCGGGAGUGUCACCGGGAGUGUCACCGGGAGUGUCACCGGGAGUGUCACCGGGAGUGUCACCGGGAGUGUCACCGGGAGUGUCACCGGGGUGUCACCGGGAGUGUCACCGGGAGUGUCACCGGGAGUGUCACCGGGAGUGUCACCGGGAGUGUCACCGGGAGUGUCACCGGGAGUGUCACCGGGAGUGUCACCGGGAGUGUCACCGGGAGUGUCACCGGGAGUGUCACCGGGAGUGUCACCGGGAGUGUCACCGGGAGUGUCACCGGGAGUGUCACCGGGAGUGUCACCGGGAGUGUCACCGGGAGUGUCACCGGGAGUGUCACCGGGAGUGUCACCGGGAGUGUCACCGGGAGUGUCACCGGGAGUGUCACCGGGAGUGUCACCGGGAGUGUCACCGGGAGUGUCACCGGGAGUGUCACCGGGAGUGUCACCGGGAGUGUCACCGGGAGUGUCACCGGGAGUGUCACCGGGAGUGUCACCGGGAGUGUCACCGGGAGUGUCACCGGGAGUGUCACCGGGAGUGUCACCGGGAGUGUCACCGGGAGUGUCACCGGGAGUGUCACCGGGAGUGUCACCGGGAGUGUCACCGGGAGUGUCACCGGGAGUGUCACCGGGAGUGUCACCGGGAGUGUCACCGGGAGUGUCACCGGGAGUGUCACCGGGAGUGUCACCGGGAGUGUCACCGGGAGUGUCACCGGGAGUGUCACCGGGAGUGUCACCGGGAGUGUCACCGGGAGUGUCACCGGGAGUGUCACCGGGAGUGUCACCGGGAGUGUCACCGGGAGUGUCACCGGGAGUGUCACCGGGAGUGUCACCGGGAGUGUCACCGGGAGUGUCACCGGGAGUGUCACCGGGAGUGUCACCGGGAGUGUCACCGGGAGUGUCACCGGGAGUGUCACCGGGAGUGUCACCGGGAGUGUCACCGGGAGUGUCACCGGGAGUGUCACCGGGAGUGUCACCGGGAGUGUCACCGGGAGUGUCACCGGGAGUGUCACCGGGAGUGUCACCGGGAGUGUCACCGGGAGUGUCACCGGGAGUGUCACCGGGAGUGUCACCGGGAGUGUCACCGGGAGUGUCACCGGGAGUGUCACCGGGAGUGUCACCGGGAGUGUCACCGGGAGUGUCACCGGGAGUGUCACCGGGAGUGUCACCGGGAGUGUCACCGGGAGUGUCACCGGGAGUGUCACCGGGAGUGUCACCGGGAGUGUCACCGGGAGUGUCACCGGGAGUGUCACCGGGAGUGUCACCGGGAGUGUCACCGGGAGUGUCACCGGGAGUGUCACCGGGAGUGUCACCGGGAGUGUCACCGGGAGUGUCACCGGGAGUGUCACCGGGAGUGUCACCGGGAGUGUCACCGGGAGUGUCACCGGGAGUGUCACCGGGAGUGUCACCGGGAGUGUCACCGGGAGUGUCACCGGGAGUGUCACCGGGAGUGUCACCGGGAGUGUCACCGGGAGUGUCACCGGGAGUGUCACCGGGAGUGUCACCGGGAGUGUCACCGGGAGUGUCACCGGGAGUGUCACCGGGAGUGUCACCGGGAGUGUCACCGGGAGUGUCACCGGGAGUGUCACCGGGAGUGUCACCGGGAGUGUCACCGGGAGUGUCACCGGGAGUGUCACCGGGAGUGUCACCGGGAGUGUCACCGGGAGUGUCACCGGGAGUGUCACCGGGAGUGUCACCGGGAGUGUCACCGGGAGUGUCACCGGGAGUGUCACCGGGAGUGUCACCGGGAGUGUCACCGGGAGUGUCACCGGGAGUGUCACCGGGAGUGUCACCGGGAGUGUCACCGGGAGUGUCACCGGGAGUGUCACCGGGAGUGUCACCGGGAGUGUCACCGGGAGUGUCACCGGGAGUGUCACCGGGAGUGUCACCGGGAGUGUCACCGGGAGUGUCACCGGGAGUGUCACCGGGAGUGUCACCGGGAGUGUCACCGGGAGUGUCACCGGGAGUGUCACCGGGAGUGUCACCGGGAGUGUCACCGGGAGUGUCACCGGGAGUGUCACCGGGAGUGUCACCGGGAGUGUCACCGGGAGUGUCACCGGGAGUGUCACCGGGAGUGUCACCGGGAGUGUCACCGGGAGUGUCACCGGGAGUGUCACCGGGAGUGUCACCGGGAGUGUCACCGGGAGUGUCACCGGGAGUGUCACCGGGAGUGUCACCGGGAGUGUCACCGGGAGUGUCACCGGGAGUGUCACCGGGAGUGUCACCGGGAGUGUCACCGGGAGUGUCACCGGGAGUGUCACCGGGAGUGUCACCGGGAGUGUCACCGGGAGUGUCACCGGGAGUGUCACCGGGAGUGUCACCGGGAGUGUCACCGGGAGUGUCACCGGGAGUGUCACCGGGAGUGUCACCGGGAGUGUCACCGGGAGUGUCACCGGGAGUGUCACCGGGAGUGUCACCGGGAGUGUCACCGGGAGUGUCACCGGGAGUGUCACCGGGAGUGUCACCGGGAGUGUCACCGGGAGUGUCACCGGGAGUGUCACCGGGAGUGUCACCGGGAGUGUCACCGGGAGUGUCACCGGGAGUGUCACCGGGAGUGUCACCGGGAGUGUCACCGGGAGUGUCACCGGGAGUGUCACCGGGAGUGUCACCGGGAGUGUCACCGGGAGUGUCACCGGGAGUGUCACCGGGAGUGUCACCGGGAGUGUCACCGGGAGUGUCACCGGGAGUGUCACCGGGAGUGUCACCGGGAGUGUCACCGGGAGUGUCACCGGGAGUGUCACCGGGAGUGUCACCGGGAGUGUCACCGGGAGUGUCACCGGGAGUGUCACCGGGAGUGUCACCGGGAGUGUCACCGGGAGUGUCACCGGGAGUGUCACCGGGAGUGUCACCGGGAGUGUCACCGGGAGUGUCACCGGGAGUGUCACCGGGAGUGUCACCGGGAGUGUCACCGGGAGUGUCACCGGGAGUGUCACCGGGAGUGUCACCGGGAGUGUCACCGGGAGUGUCACCGGGAGUGUCACCGGGAGUGUCACCGGGAGUGUCACCGGGAGCGUCACCGGGAGCGUCACCGGGAGCGUCACCGGGAGCGUCACCGGGAGCGUCACCGGGAGCGUCACCGGGAGCGUCACCGGGAGCGUCACCGGGAGCGUCACCGGGAGCGUCACCGGGAGCGUCACCGGGAGCGUCACCGGGAGCGUCACCGGGAGCGUCACCGGGAGCGUCACCUUGA